UCAACAUAGUAUCUAUCUAUAUCUAUUACCCCUUUUCAUGUUUACUUUCUAUUCUUUGUUUUUGUUUCAUAACAUAACCCUUUAUUGUCUUCAAUUAACUUCUCAUUUUACCUGUGGGUGUUGUCACUGAAUUGGUUGGAUUGGAUGCUGAGUUUUAUUAUGAUCAGGGUUUUCAGUCAUAUUCUUCUUCUUGUUGUUUGCUUAUUGAAAUAUAAAGUAUUCUAUAGAGUUAUCCCUCUAGGUGUAUCCUAAUUGGCACCAACCUUCUGCGAGUUGUAGAGCACCGGACACUGGACACGACAUUGACAUUGGACAUCAUAUUUUAAAAUAUGAAAUAAUUGUAUGUUAAUGCAACUGCAUGUGUUUAUGUCGUGUUGGUGUUGAACAACAGACACACCUUUAAUGUCAAGUGUUGGUGCUACAUAGUCCGGAGUGGGAUUACCUUGUCCAAAUCCCACUUAGGCUGCUUGAUCCUUCUCCCUCCCUACCCAACGUAGUAAACCUCGGGGAUGUAACUCAAAGGGGGGGAAAUUUCUUAGACAUUGGUCUACUUUAUGUGUGGUGAUUGUUGGUAUUGUGUCACUUAUAUUGUCUACUAUUCUCCAUUUCGCUACUCUUGUCCUAAAAUGCUCAAAACAAGUGCACCUUUAGUUUUCAUGUUAUAACAACUAAAUAUCUCGCUAGAAAAGUUGGUCGUGUUGGUGCAUAACGUAUAUGGAAGUGGAACCUCUAGCAUAACUACAUAUCUCGCUAAGAGAACACGAGUGUUAAUAAUGGUAGAUGACGGGUUUUAGUAAACUCGUUUUAUAAAUAUGGUAUUGCAGCCUAUGGCAAAAAUGUGACGGAUAUAAUAGGUGUUGUGGCUAAUGGCAGCUGGUAUAGAAUCGUCAACGCCAUAAUGCCAUGGCGUCUCUAUGGCAGAAUUUUGACAGCACUAAAGGAUCCAUUCUCAUAGUCCACUACUCAUGAUAAAAUGUUUCUUUUAUUACUGCAACAAGUUAUUAGACAAGACUUUAUUGUCACUUUAAUACUAUUUACUUCAAAUAUAGUGGCGGAGCCGUUUUAUCUCUUUUGUUAAUGAGUGUUUACUGUCGUUAAAUAAAUUACAAGACAAGAAAGUUAUGUCACUUUAUUUCUGUUUAUUUCAUACAUAGUUGCUAGAGUGGUUUUACAGUUUUUCAAAGAGUGUUUAUUGCUCCUAAUUAGAUUUGAUACUUUGGUCUAAUAUAAUUUCCUUUUACAAACAUUGGGGUACAAGUUUUAAAAUGUUCAAGGGAGUAAGAAUUUCUUAAGCUUUAUAAGGACUACUUUUGACAUAUAUCUAGUCGUCGUGAGAUCUUAACUCAUUCCCUCUUGCCUAGGAUUGGACAUAUGUAGUACAUACAAAUGUCGGUGGUUGAAUAACAGGCAUAGGAUAAACUCUGAUACCAAACUAGAAUUUGGGACAGACUUAACUCGUUCCCAAGAGCUAUCCCCAGGAGUGAUGGUCACCAAGCUUUAUAAGGAGUAAUUUGGUCGAAUCUUUAGUCAAUAUGAUAACCCUACUCUGAAAAUGGAAAACAGGCAAAGUUCUUCUGGUUCACAAGACAAUUCUAUGAUGAAAUCCAUUGACCAAAGAGCACAUUCUAGUAAAGGGCGUGGUGACUUAUUGACUCGACGUCUGAAGAAUCGAGAGAGACAGCGUAGAUACAGGGCUCGCAAGCGCCGAGAAGCUGGAACCACAAACUCCUUUGUUGUAGAACAGGCUGCAGCAGUCCAAGUAGAGUUACAACCAAACGGAAAUUACAACAAUUUCGUGACACGCAUAUAUUGUAAUCGAGAUUGGAAAAAGGAUGCAAGGCGAGCUCAUAUCGUGAAGCAUCAAGAGAUGAACGGGUUUAUUGAUCAUUCUUUGACACUAACUAAUGUGCCCGUUGUGACAUGCUUAGGCAUCGGUAAUAAGUCAGAAACAAUGCUAGAUAGGGAAACUCAAUCCGGAUCUUCUAGUGUUGUUUAUAAUGAAACGCCUAGGACUGUUCUGGGUCGUAGAGAUUGGAAAGCAGAAGCCAGAAGAAAGAAAAACUAGUGAAUUUUUUUCAUUUCUUGUUUUAAAGAGUACUUUUACUAGUGAAAUUUCUGUUGUAAAGUAAAAUUCAUAUAGUAUUGUUUAUCCAGCUUUGAAAUUAUGAGCACCAAGUAAAAAUGUGUUUCUGUCUCAUUUUCUGCUUAAACAUUUCAGACUUAAUUGAAGAGAUGAUGAUAAUUUCAGUCUA